AUGUCUUCCAAGCCGUCCGACCUCCCCAAAAUGAAGUAUCGCUACCUCGGCCGUAGCGGACUUCAAGUAUCUGCUAUCUCCCUCGGAGGUUGGUUGACCUAUGGUGGGUAUGCUGAAAACGAAAAGACAUUCGCCUGUAUGAAAGCUGCAUACGACUGCGGUAUCAACUUUUUCGAUUGUGCAGAAGGUUACGCAGGCGGUGAAAGCGAAAGGGUAAUGGGAGAGGCCAUUAAAAAAUUUGGCUGGAAGAGGAAUGACUUAGUUAUCUCGACGAAAAUCUACUGGGGGGAUGCUAAUGGAGAAAUGCCGGUUAAUAAUGCGGGGCUAAGCAGAAAGCACAUUAUUGAAGGUGUCGAUUUGAGCUUGAAGAGGUUGCAAUUGGAUUAUGUCGAUCUUAUAUAUGCACACCGGCCGGACAGGAACACCCCACUUGAGGAAACUGUCCGCGCCUUCAACCAUGUCAUCAAUACCGGAAAGGCGUUCUACUGGGGUACAAGCGAAUGGAAUGCCGAUGAAAUCGCUAGUGCCCAUCGGAUUGCCGACAAACUAGGCCUCAUUGGGCCAGUCAUGGAACAACCAGAAUAUAGCCUGCUAAAGAGGAAUCGUGUCGAAGGCGAUUACAUUCUCUUGUACGAACAUUAUGGUCUUGGGUUGACUACAUUUAGUCCAUUGGCUGGGGGCGUUUUGACAGGGAAGUACCUCGAUGGAAUUCCUGAGGGAUCAAGAAUCGGAACCAGUGACGAUCCUUACAUUCAAUACCUAAAAUCUGGCGUGGGAGCCGAUGAAUGGGAGGAGAAAAUGAAUAAAGUCAGGAAGUUAAAAGGAAUUGCCGACAAGCUAGGUUGCAAUUGCGCACAGCUAGCUCUAGCAUGGGUUCUUAAGAACGAUCAUGUUAGUUCUGCGAUCACUGGCGCCUCUCGACCUGAGCAAAUCUACGAUAGUGUCAAGGCCUUGGCGAUUUUGCCAAAACUCAGUGACGCUCUUCUAGGAGAAAUUGAUGAAAUUUGGCAAAAUCGACCGCCUGUUCUGGAAAGAGUCUUCUAUUAG